GCAAUCCGCCCGCCUCAGCCUCCAGAGUGCUAGGAUUACAGGCGUGAGCCACCGCGCCAGGCCUUCAUCCUGAGAUCUUAAACUAAUGUUUAAGUAUAUGAACUUUUAUUUUUCUUCUCUAAAAUGGAGAUAAGGAUGAAAUGAGAUGACAUAUAUUGCACUUAGCAUAAUACCUGACAUAUAUUAAGUAGACAAUGAAUAUUUGGUAAGUGGAAAAGAGGACAUGAUUUCAACUACCAGUUGAAUAUCUGAUUCAUCAGUCACUGGAUACACACUGACGAAUAAAAAAGAUACAGUCCCUAUGCUCACAGAGCUUAAUCAAGGUCCAAUAGCUGAUAAAUGGCAAAGCCCAUGUUGACUCAUGUCAACAUCCUCCACCUUCUUGAGGCCCCUUGAGAGUUCUGGUCUGCUGCUCUGGGAGUCACAGAGCUUACUUGAUUAUGUUGGUUUUCAGUAUACCUUAAUAUUUUCAUUUAGGGCAAGACUUUCUAGCCUUAGGAUAGGAAGUAGAAAACUUUUGGUGAGGUAUAGUCUGAUAACAUAAUUGAGAAAAGAACGGAAAAUGCAAAAGUCAUGACUCUCUGUGAAUAGCAAAAGCAAAGAUUUUAUUAAUUUCUUGUCCCUAAAAAAACUUUGUGAACAGAUUAUUCUUCUAGUUUGAAUUUGCUUAGGUAGCACUGUUUCCUUAGUAUUAGUCAGCAUUCUUAGCAUUUUUGAGAAGUCAUAGAUUUGAUGGGGAUUUGUGGAGGAGCUGCUAAAUUACAGAAGAAAUUAUUACAGCAGAAAAUAAAUUAUGUGGUGCUAUAAAUACUUGACUCAGUGACUCAGCAAAUUCCCUUUAUGUCCAAAAUGCAAACAUUUUGUACCUAACUCGGGAGGUCUGUUUUUAAUUUCUGCAGCUUUGCAGUCAUCCCUGUUUGUCAGUGAUAGAUUUUUAUAUGACAUGAGAGACAUAAAGAUAAAGACUACUUUCAGAGGGAGGCUUAAGUGUUAGGGAAAUGAAAGCAGGGGCAACCUUCAGUCAUAGGAGUGUUUCAGUAUUGAUGGAAGGAGAUUACCAAGAAGACAGAGAACCAUCUGGAAUGACUGUGAGAAAUUAACUGUUUUUAUUAUACUCUUGGAUAACAUUUCCAACUAAUAGAAUUAGAACUGUAAUCCUAGAAGCAAACCCCUGGAAAGUAUAUAAUUAAACUUUAAAUUAUGUAAUUUACAUAUUAAUAUGUAAUUAACAAGCAUUCUGUGUACCUCCAAUACCUGUAUUUAAGACAUUUUAGACUUCCGUUUCUGGCCCUGCCUCUUUCUUUCGUUGCUGAUAGCAUGCAUGCAAACAUGGUAAAGGUUCCUAAAACCCAUCGGACUUUCUGUAAGAAAUGUGGCAAGCACCAACCCCACAAAGUGACACAGUACAAGAAGGGCAAGGAUUCUCUGUAUGCCCAGGGAAAGCAGUGUUAUAAUAGGAAGCAGAGUGGCUAUGGUGGGCAGACUAAGCCGAUUUUCCGGAAAAAGGCUAAAACUACAAAGAUUGUGCUGAGGCUUGAGUGUGUCAAGCCCAACUGCAGGUCUAAGAGAAUGCUGGCUAUUAAGAGAUGCAAACAUUUUGAACUGGGAGGAGAUAAGAAGAGAAAGGGCCAAGUGAUCCAGUUCUAAGCGUCUUUUGUUUAUUAUGAAGACAAUAAAAUCUUGAGGUUAUGUUAAAAAAAAAAAAGAUUUUUUUAACCAGACAUUUGAGUUGAUGUCAAGAUGUGCAAGACAUACUCUUUGCCCCCAAAGGCUAUUAGGAGAGUGAUUAUAUACACACAAACUUUAAAAAUUAUUUUUUUACCUGAUUAUUAAUUUAGUAUUUAGUUUUUAAAACCUAAUACAUUUUGGAAUUUUAAUAAAUAUUACCUCUUAAUGACCAUGUAAGAAUAGGAGCAAUAUAGGAACUUAUAUAUUUUCUUAUAAAACAGUAGAGUAUUACUUAUUUUAAAAAACAACUCUGUGUACCUUGAUCAGUUUUGUUGUAAUACAAAUAUUAACACUCUGUUGUUACUAUAUUUUAUCAUGUUGGCAACUAAAAUCUGUCAGAUGCUGUUUUAUCUGGUAUAAUCCUGAGAAAAGUUCUAAUACGGCCUUUUCAUACAUUUUUUAGCAAAAACAGCCCAAAUGUAAUACAAAAUUGAUUGAAAUAAUUGUUAGAGAAGUGGGAAAAAAUAUUCACAAACUAUACAUCCAACAAAAGGCUAAUAUCUAGAAUCUACAAAGAACUCAAAUC